AAAGAAACACGUCUAGUUGAAUAAAGCGCGUCUUUUUAAGAUUUAAAGUACCGUACGUGUUGUCGCGCUCAUUUCUUUCUUGCGACACGAUGGAAAUACCUACCAAGAGACACACACUUGAUCCACAUACUCUGCCCAGCAAGUACGAGAGUCCUUCUAGAUACCAGCAAACACCUUUACAGGAGAGAAACAACUAUCGUUCAGUCAUUCCUACCUUUCCAGCUGAUCAUGGUGAUCUUGGUAGAAGAAGAACGCUUCAAGCAAGCGAGAUGUUACGUCUAGCAGAAGAAGAAAAACAAAACCAGGCUGUUCAACAAUCCAUACCAAAAGAAAACACACUCAUGAACGAAAAGGCGUUUGAAUUGCAACAGUAUAAAGAAGAAGCAGCUUACUGGAAAGGAAGAACUGAAAAGUUGGAAAGACAAAACAUGCAACUACAAAAGCAUGUUGAAGAAAUGCAGCAUGCACGAUACACGGAUCCUGAAGCAGAGUUAAAGAACUAUAUAGAAUGGGCAGAGGCAAAAGAUCAAGCAUUUGUCAAUUUAAAGAGUCAAGUAGAACAGAGCAUACAACAAGGAGAAAGAUCUGGCAUUGUACUCAGACAGUCUACUUUUGGUGCCCCAACACAUACACGCAAAUACCAAAAGACAAGAGCAGAAGAUCAAAGGCAUCCUGAUAUUGGCAAAGAAAUUGCAAAAAUACCUCAUCGAGUGGAUUAUAACCAAAUAUUAGGAGAACACACCGAAAAGCCUAUCAUUAGUCUGUAUGAAGAUUUAACAACAGUUGUCAUUAGAGGGUGUAAAGAAACAGAAGAAAGUCAUAUAUACAACUGUGUCAUUGCUGGCACAACAGGAUCUUUUCAAUUCACACUAGAAGUUCCUAAAGACAAAACUCGGAUGGUUAAUUAUUCACCUACUUUAGAUCCUCAAAGAGAUGACUUUAUUUCAAUUUUACCAGCAUUUCUCAGAGAAGAUGUUGAAUUUGGAGCAGAUAAUUUGCCCAUCUUCUUUUGGAGAUUAUCUUCUGUUAUGAAUAAAGUCUAAUGGUCUACAUGGAUGAAAAUUGCAAUUGAACGUUAAAAAAAAACAAACCCUAAAAACC